GGGGUCGAAAGUGCAGAGGUGGGUCUCGAAAGGGGGUUCGAUUUACCUGAGGCCAGUCUCCAUGGCGGCGGUGGUGGUAGCGAGCGGCGGCACCGGGACCAGGACCGGGACCGGGACCCUCAACAAGGAGGAGAAAUACGACCGGCAGCUGCGGCUGUGGGGUGAUCAUGGACAGGAGGCACUGGAAGCUGCACGAGUCUGCCUGAUUAAUGCCAGUGCCACCGGCACCGAAAUCCUCAAGAACUUGGUGCUUCCUGGAAUCGGAGCUUUUACAAUAGUGGACGGCAAUAUUGUUGCUGGAGAGGAUGUUGGAAACAAUUUUUUCCUAACCAAGGACAGCAUUGGAAAGAACCGAGCACAAGCAGCCACAGAAUUACUGCAGGAGCUGAAUAGUGACGUCAGUGGAAACUCCGUGGAUGAGAGUGUAGACCAGCUGCUUGAAAAUGAUCCCACGUUCUUCCAUGGAUUCAGUAUCGUUAUCGCCACUCAACUCCCAGAGAGUUCGUUGCUGCAUUUGUCGAAUGUUCUUUGGGCUGCUGAUGUUCCACUGCUGGUGUGUAGGACGUACGGUCUGGUCGGCUACAUGAGACUGGCUGUGAAGGAGCACCCAGUUGUGGAAUCCCACCCAGACAAUGCGCUGGAAGAUCUGAGACUUGACAAGCCUUUCCCACAACUGAAGCGUCAUGUUCAGGAGUAUGACCUGGAUAAUAUGGACAAAAAGGACCAUAGUCACACGCCAUGGAUAAUUUUGGUAGCCAAGUACCUGGAGAAGUGGCGUCAAGAGCACAACAAUCAGUUGCCAAAAACUUACAAAGAAAAGGAAGCAUUUCGAGAGUUAAUACGACAAGGGUUGUUGAAAAAUGAUGAAGGAACCCCAGUAGAUGAAGAGAACUUUGAUGAAGCCAUCAAAAAUGUCAACACUGCCUUGAAUCCUACCAAGGUUCCAAGUAACGUUCAGGAACUGUUCGAGGAUCAGAGAUGCGCUAACAUCAACACACAGAGUUCUCCAUUUUGGAUCUUAACACGAGCAGUGAAACAGUUUGUGGAAAAGGAGGGACUGGGGAAUCUACCUGUACGUGGCACCGUCCCAGACAUGAUAGCAGACUCCACCCGGUUCAUUCGGCUACAGAACAUAUACCGUGAGAAAGCAAAAGAAGAUGCUGCUAUUAUAAGUGACUAUGUUACUGAAAUAUUGGGAUCAGUCGGGAGGCCUCCUGAGACCAUCUCUGAAAAAGACAUUUGGCUUUUCUGCAGAAACGCUGCUUUUCUACGACUUGUAUGCUGCCGAUCACUGGCAGAAGAGUUCAAUCCAGAGACUACUGACAAGGACCAAAUAGCAUCAUGUAUGGAAAAUCUUGACAGUGAAAUGGUUUUGUACAUAUUGCUACGAGCUGUUGAUUGCUUUCAUAAGCAACAUGCGCGCUACCCAGGUGUUUACAAUAACCAGGUUGAAGAGGAUAUUGGGAAGCUAAAAUCAUGUGUGAUCAGCCUGCUGCAGGAUUGGGGUGUUUCAGUAUCAGUAAAGGAUGACUACAUCCAUGAAUUUUGUCGCUACGGUGCUUCAGAACCGCAUGCUGUUGCCUCAUUCUUAGGAGGAACAGCUGCCCAGGAGGCCAUCAAGAUUAUCACAAAGCAGUUUGUACCUUUCAAUAACACCUUUAUCUACAAUGCAAUGUUGCAGACAUCGAUGACUGUGCGGCUGUAGGGCACUGCUGUUGUAUGUGAAUGAGAUGGUGGCAAGUCCUAUACUUCUGGAUUAUUUUAUCAAGCAAUUUGUGUAACAUAAAAUUCAAAUAACUUAAUAAAAUUUGUUUGUUGA